UAACUGCUUCCACUCGGAAAACCCCAGUACCGAUUACAGAUUGCCGAAUACGAUUUAUUUGGCUUUUCUAUUUCCGGUUCCAAUUUCCCGAAGGCUCACCAGAGCCCUAAUUCUCCAUUUAUCGACAUUUUCAAUCACGAAUUCCCCGCUCAUCAGUCCCAAUUUUGUCGAGGCUUAACCAAAAACCCUUUGCUUUUACCCUUCUAAGUGUUAAUGGCUUCGAAUGGAAGCUCAGCAAAUCUGGCGGACACGGAGAGCAGCUUGGAGAAAAUCAAGAGACAGCUAACGUCGGGAUCGGGGAGGCAUUUAUUGCAGGGUCCGCUCCUCAAGCGAUCGGAAACUCUGAGGAAAUGGAAUGAGAGAUGGUUGAUCCUUGACCCUACGACUGGAAAAAUGGAGUACAAGAUACGGAGGAAUGAACCCAUUGUUAAGGGAACAAUUCUUUUUGAUUCAGGAAGCACCAUUACUCUCUCUCCUGUGAACUUCCAUGGACUGCCAAAAUAUGAUGGCUGUUGUUUCUAUAUCGGUACCCCACAGAAAAAGGAAUACUUCCUUUGUGCAGAAACUCCUGGUGCUGCGCGAGCAUGGGUAUCCACUUUAAAUGCAUCUCAGUUGGUCCUAAAGGCCCAUAAGGAAGCUGUGAGUUCCUUGGGUGGCAGUGGUUCUGCGAAAUUGGGAACUGUUGCUUCUGUGGUAGCAGCUGCCAAUGCAACUGCAGUGGAAGCUUCCAAAGAAAUUGAAGCUGCCAUGAAGAUUUCCCUGAGAGCUACUUUAGGAUCACUGCCAAUCAAGGCAAACGAAGUCCAUUUAGAUGAUCUUUCAAUAAUGAAGGAAACCCUUCGAGUUAAAGAUGAAGAGCUCCAGCAAUUGGCCAAAGAAGUACGUGCAAGAGAUUCAACAAUACGAGAGAUCGCAGACAAGUUAACUGACACAGCUCAGGCUGCUGAAGCCGCUGCAUCUGCAGCUCUUGCUAUGGAUGAAGAGAGGAGGCUUGCUUGCUCAGAAAUUGAACGACUAACCAAUGAUUCAAAUAAAAAACUUCAGGCAGUCAUGCUUAAGUUGAAAGAAUCAGAAGAAAAGGUUGCAGCAUUUAGCAGAGAGAGAGAGAUCCUGUUCAAGCAAAGAGAUUCUGCUCUUCAAGAGGCACAUUUAUGGCGUUCUGAGCUUGCAAAAGCUAGAGAACAUGCUGUUCUCAUGGAAGCAGCUGUGGUUAGAGCUGAAGAAAGGGCCAGGGUUUCACAGGCAGAUGCAGAGGCUCGAUUGAAAGAUGCUGCUGAAAAAGCAUUGGUUGCUGCAAAAGAAAAAGAGGAUCUUCUAGCAUUUAUGAAUGCUUUGCAAUCUCAAGUUCAAAGACAACAAAGCUCCACAAAACAAGUGCUGGAAGAGAAACCCGAAUCAUGCUCAGGCUUCAUUGAAACACAGCCAAUGACGAAACAUAUCGACUUGGAAAACGACGUGGACAAAGCUUGCUUAAGCGAUUCAAAACUCGUUCAAGUUUCAGGUGACAAUGCGCCGUUGACCACAGAUGGUGUCGAUAUCCGUACCGUCACCGACGACCAAUGGAAUGACUUCCAAUCUUCUGAUGCAAGAGUAGCAAAUGUGAGGGUAAUCUCUCCAGAAGCUGAGGGAACCAGCCUGGAUAUACCUGUUGAUCAUCAUCUACCUGCAGGUAGCUCUCACCAACCUUGAUGUGAAUAUCUACUUGUUUAAAUUUACCGAAGGGAUAAUGAGGUAGUGGACUAUUUGUUCCACUUAAAUUUUCCUUUUGUAUUAUGUCCACGAAGGAAUAAGUGUAAUGUGAUUUGCUUGAGAGAAAUUGGAAAAAGCAAUGAUCAGCUUGAAUUGUAUCUUCUGCUUAUAAUUGCUCUAUGGAUAAGGAUUGUUGGUUUUAGAAUUUUGUAUUAGUUCUUAUGAUUCUUCCUUUGCUGCA